CUACUGUUUGAUCUAUCUCCUUACUAUACGAGAUGUGCGAGGGAAAGAUGUUGCUCUUGGCGACUAUAACCCUAGUCCUCACCGCAUCAGCGGCGGAGAAGAGAGAACUAUCCAGUAUCAGGUACCGCCUCACGACAUGCGGCAAUGCAGGGCGACUGGGCCCGGCGAGUGACCGUCAGUGCAUCGAUACCACCGCAACCGCGGCACCCCAAUAGCUCGAGACGACCUCAUUCAGCAGCAGACGGAGCCAAAUUUCAGGGGCGGCCAGUUAGUGCGAAUUCCCAGAACCACCACAUACAAUGUUACCGUCGCUGGCGCUUCUGGUGGGAACGGUCUGUGUAGCCCUUGCGUUUGGACGCGGAAUAGUGAUCAGAGCUCAAGCAAUCCUGAAUGAGAAUUUUGAUAUGCUGGUGCUGGUUGGACAGAGAGGAAUGGGUCCUUGCGAGUUUAGCGAGCCUCCAAUUGACUCAUUCUGCUAUAAUCUUCCUCCAGCGAAUGAUUCUGCCCAGUGCAACGACACUUGGUGGAAGUAUCUUGAAACUAUCGGAGGUAGAGAGGACGGGUUGGACGUGUACAGACACACUGGUGGUGGAGGGGGAGGUGGUGCUAGCAUGAUUAGGCUUGAAAACGAUGGGGGCCUCCAGGUUUUCCCCCUAAUUGUUGCCGGAGGUGGUGGAGGCGGUGCGGCAGUUUUGAAUUUCCGUGUCCUAGACUCUGUUAGUUUUACACAACCUAAUAAUGCUACCACUGUGGAAGAAAUCUACCAGUUGUUUGUGGACGGCAAAAUAGAGGAUUUUGACCCAGUCUUAUCCAGUGUUCGUGGUGGGCUUGGUUUCGUAGCACCAGAUGCAGCGGUUGAAAGAUCGGCUGGAGCAGGAGGAGGGUACUCGAGUGAGUCCGAGUCACGGAGAGUCGACGGGAGUGUGCUAAUUUUUGAAGAGGCGUUUGCUGAAGGUGGCACCGACUGCGCGACAUCGUCCUUCAUUCCGACCUCAUUCACCAGUGAGGUCGGUGGAUUU